GCUGUUCAAGAGGAGCUUUUUUUGUGACGGUGAGGAACUCAUCGAUCUCGACGACCAUGACCAAGAACGUCCGCGCCAGCUACAUCCUCGGCACCACCUUCAUCGCCGCUGUCGAGAAGAAGAAAUGGGGGCACCAGAACUGUUGGGGCUACCACGUCGUCGCCCUCUCCGACGACGUCACCAUCAUCGAACGCCUAUCCAAGACGCCCACCCUAGAAGCGAUUGAUCUCGCCUCUCGCCCUACUGCCGGCGCCGGCGCUUCUACCAACUGCCCCGGCACCAACGAAAAACGGAAGGCGCGCAACGAAAGCAUAAAACCGCCAAAGGGCCGAUCCCCAUUCCGUUCCCGCGCCGACUCUUCUGGAGAAGAACCCGAAGAAGAAACCAACGACGACUACCCCGACGACAAACAGGACCCCGACUUUGCCCCCGGCGACGAAGGGGACGACAACGAAGACAACGACGAACACGACGACGACACUGACGAUGCCGACAACGACGAUGCCGACAACCGCGGCAACGGCGACAACGACGAUGCCGGCUCCGACUAUGCCGACUCCGAUGACGCCGCCUCCGACGACGGCUAUGACACCGAAUGGGGCUUCCCUUUAUCUGUCUUCCUUUGUUCGUUUGUUUGCCCUGAAGUCGGCCACCUCUCUGCAUCAUAGUGUCCGCUUCGGUGUUUCCCCGCGUAUGUUUUGCGUGUUUGAUCGCUGUUGUUGCUUUCGCGUCUCGUCGGCUGUCUUUUCUUGAGUACUUUUGAUUGUGUCCAUCUUGAGUGCUUUUCUACGAAUCUUCAUGCCAAACGAUCGUUGAGCGUACUUUGGUACCACGUACCGUUGUAGCUUAACAACCGUUGGCCCAAACGAUCGAUUGAUUGUAGUUUUGCAUCGUUUUCUGCACGGACCAUUGAAUUUUUCUGCCCCCAUUUUGAGUUGUCGAUCCACGCUAUCGUCGACUAUCUUUGUCGAUGAAUCUGAUUGAGCAUUGUUGCUCCACAUCAUCGUGUUCGCUGGGAAUGUUCUUAUCUUUUCUACGUGCUUUCGCUAAACUGGUUUCCAAUUUAAUUUUCGUUCUUCACGUUUGUUGGGUAUGUGAUUUCCGCUUCAUUUUGUGAUUCCCUGUACUCGUCCAAAAUUUCCUUCUAUUCUUGUGAAUUUUGUUCCACAAUUCAAU